AUGAGGAUGAUGAGGAUGAGGCUGAGGCUGAGGCUGAAGGCUCCGGCCGGCAGGGAGGAGCAGGCCGAGGAGGUGAAGAAGAAGAAGAAGGACGACGAGGAGGACACCAUCCCACCCGAGAUCUGGGAGCUGCUCAAGGGCGUCACCAAGAAGAGCGAGUACGAGCGCAUCGCCUUCCAGUACGGCAUCACCGACCUGCGCGGCAUGCUCAAGAUGCUCAAGAAGAUCAAGGUGGAGCCCAAGAAGAGCGAAGCCUUCAUCCGGAAGCUGGACCCCGCCUACCAGGUGGACAAGGGCAACAAGAUCCGGCUGAUGGUGGAGCUCAGCAACCCCGACCUGCCCCUCAAGUGGUACAAGAACGGGCAGCUCAUCAAGCCCAGCAACAAGUACGUGUUCGAGAACGUGGGGCUGAAGCGCAUCCUGACCAUCAACAAAUGUUCCCUGGCCGACGACGCCGCCUACGAGUGCCGGGUCAACGACGAGAAGAGCUUCACCGAGGUCUUCGUCAAAGAGCCACCGGUGACCAUCGUUCAUGGUCCUGAGGACCAGCAGGUUCUGGUGGGCGAGCGGGUGGUGCUGGAGGCCGAAGUGUCCGAGGAGGGCGCGCAGGUCAUGUGGACGAAGGACGGGGUGGAGCUGACCCGCGAGGAGACCUUCAAGUACCGCUUCAAGAAGGACGGCAAGAAGCACUUCCUGAUCCUCAACGAGGCCACCAAGGAGGACACCGGCCGCUACCGCAUCAUGACCAACGGCGGCGAGGCCGAGGCCGAGGUCAUCGUGGAAGAGAAGCAGCUGGAGGUGCUGCAGGGCAUCGCGGACCUGACGGUGCAGGCGGCCGAGCAGGCCGUGUUCAAGUGCGAGGUGUCGGACGAGAAGGUCACCGGCCGCUGGUUCAAGAACGGCGUCGAGGUCCGGCCCAGCAAACGCAUCCACAUCUCGCACACCGGCCGGAUCCACAAGCUGGUGAUCGACGACGUGCGGCCCGAGGACGAGGGCGAUUACACCUUCGUCCCCGACGGCUUCGCCCUCACGCUCUCGGCCAAGCUCAACUUCCUCGAGAUCAAGGUGGAGUACGUGCCCAAGCAAGAGCCGCCCAAGAUCCACCUGGACUGCUCGGGCCGGGACGCGGAGAACAGCCUGGUGGUGGUGGCGGGCAACAAAGUGCGGCUGGACGUGCCCAUCUCCGGAGAGCCACCACCCAGCGUCACCUGGAGCAGGGACGGACAGGAGUUCUCGGCCACCGAGGGCCGCGUCCGGCUCGAGUCCAAGCACGAGCUGAGCAGUUUCGUCAUCGAGAGCGCCGAGCGCGCCGACGAGGGACGAUACCAGAUCCGGGUCACCAACCCGGCCGGAGAGGACACGGCCACCAUCAACAUCCGCGUCGUGGACGUCCCUGACCCGCCCGAGGCCGUGCGCGUCACCCAGGUGGGCGAGGACUGGGCCGUGCUGGUCUGGGAGCCCCCCAAGUUCGACGGGGGGCAGCCGGUGACAGGUUACCUGGUGGAGAGGAAGAAGAAGGGCUCCCACCGCUGGAUGAAGCUCAACUUCGAGGUGCUGCCGGCGCUCACCUUCGAGUCCACGCGCAUGAUCGAGGGCGUGCUCUACGAGAUGAGGGUCUUCGCCGUCAACGCCAUCGGCGUCUCGGCCCCCAGCCUCAACACCCCCCCCUUCAUGCCCAUCGCCCCCACCAGCGAACCCACCCACCUGGUGCUGGAGGACGUCACCGACACCACGGCCACGCUCAAGUGGCGCCCGCCCGAGCGCCUGGGCGCCGGCGGCAUCGACGGCUACCUGGUGGAGUGGUGCCGCGAAGGGGGUGAGUGGGCACCCCAAAAUCCGGGGGGAACCCUAAAAUUUGGGGGGGAAUCCAAAAAAUUUGGGGGAAAAUCCAAAAAAUUUCCGUUACGACCAAAAAACUUGGUGGGAAUGACCCCCCCCAAGCGUUGUCGCACCCCCCCAGAGCGCCCCAAAAUCCGGCUGCCGCGGCACCUGCGGCAGACGUACGUGAGGAAGGUGGGGGAGCAGGUGAACCUGGUGAUCCCCUUCCAGGGUAAGCCCCGCCCCCAGGUCACGUGGACGAAGGAGGGCGGGCCCCUGGGCGAGGACGUGCACGUGCGCACGUCGGACCGCGACACGGUGUUCUUCAUCCGCGCCGCCGCCAGGGGGCACUCGGGGCGCUACGGGCUCAGCGUGCGCAUCGAGGGCAUGGAGGACACGGCCGAGAUGCGCCUGCGCGUCGUCGGCUCUGUUGGCAUCGAGGGCAUGGAGGACACGGCCGAGAUGCGCCUGCGCGUCGUCGCCUCUGUUGGCAUCGAGGGCAUGGAGGACACGGCCGAGAUGCGCCUGCGCGUCGUCGGCUCUGUUGGCAUCGAGGGCAUGGAGGACACGGCCGAGAUGCGCCUGCGCGUCGUUG